AUGAGGGAAUUCCUGCUUUUAUUGAUAACAAUCAGCGCCGCGGCUGCCGAUGAAUAUGGAGGCGGAGGUGGAUAUGGAGGCGGAGGGUAUCAGCAGGAGAAACAGCGACACAUUAAGCUUAAUUUCGGAAUACAUGUGCCGCCCAUUGUGCUGAAAAUGCCCAAAAUGAAUAUGCCCCAGGUCACCAUCAAAGCCAAUUUCCUUAAGAAACCGUACGCCAAACCAUUGGAAGUGAAUCUCCCGCCGCCGCCACAGAUUAGCUUCGGUGAACCCGAAGGCGACAGUUAUGGCGGAGGCGGAGGUUAUGGAGGCGGCGGUGGUUAUGGCGGAGGCGGUGGUUAUGGAGGCGGAGGGUAUGGCGGCGGCGGAGGCGGUGGCGGCGGUGGCUAUGGAGGCGGAGGUUCAGGUUAUGGAGGCGGUGAACAAUACGCUAAAUCUGAAGUGAAUUUUCAUAAGACAAUCAAAGUAGAAGACGGCGGUUCCGGCGGUGGUUAUGGCGGACCCGCAGAGAGUUAUGGCGGAAGCAAUAAUUAUGGAAGUUAUGGUCCGCCACCCGAACCCUAUUCUGGUCCCCCACAGUCUGAGGCGUACGGCCCCUCACGCGGUGGUUAUGCGCCACCAAAUGGCUAUUCAGGUCCUCCAGAGCCCGCCUAUGGACCGCCGCAAGCGUACGGACCCCCACCCCCUCAACAUUAUGAAAACCCCUCUCGAAAGGGUCAAAUCAAACCCCAAGCAUAUGGGCCUCCAAUGGGACCUCCGCUGCCCACUCCUAGUGAAUACUCAAAUCCAGCCCCCGGUGUAUAUCGAGGGCCAUCGCCCGGCGACUACGCCGGCGCUAAUCCGAUGCCAAUGUCAUAUCCCGGGCCAAUGCCACCCAAUAGUUACGGGGGUCCGGGACCCAAAUCGUAUCCCUCCCCCUCUCAACAUUCCAGCGCCGGCCCCCCGCCUAACAAUUACGAGGGCUCAGUGCCGGCCGGCUAUGAAAGUCUGCCACAAACUUAUGGCUUAAAUUAUUAG